ACCGUCCACGGCGAUCGUCGUCGAUCUUCCGAGUGUUCCGCGCGAAAAAAGUGGUUCCUCUGAGAAUUUGCGCCUCGAAGCGGUUCUCAGUCAGUGCCGGUUUCCGAGUGAUUUCUGGUGGCCAUCAAAAGGGCCCUAUUUUGCCAACCAGCAUCGCGGAUCCCCGAGCAACCCGGAUCGUGUCAACGUGGAGCCCGUCUUAUCAAUCGGCGGUAAGAACCAAGGAUGGAAACAACGGACGGGGAUGAGCGCACACCUGCAUCGUCCACGGGAUGUCCGGAAGGUAAAGCCCCAAAGCAGACUGCGCUGAUGGGUGACGAAGACGGCGACGGUGUUCUCUCGCAGCAGCUGGCCGGUCCGGCCCUAAAUCAGCAGUUGCUCGAUCAGCUGAACGGACAGUUCCAAAAGCAGCUCCAGUUGGCCGAACGCGAACAGUUGGACGAUGGCUUCAAGAUCUCGGUGUAUGCCGAUUGGGUGGCCAGCCUGCGCACGAUCAACACGGAACUGGUGGAGUCGCUGCGGGAGAUGCAGGACACCUGUCUGGAGCGAAUGCAGCUCAUGCGCGCCAGUUAUCUAAAGGAUUUGGUGCGCUUCGGACCGGACAUUCGCCUGAAGCGACUGGAGACGAUGGGCCCGGCCGAACUGUCCGACAACGGCACCGAUCGCGUGGUGUCGCUCGAGCUGUCCUCGAACUAUCCGAUCAUACCAUCCACAGAUGAGCUUUUGCUCCGGGAAGUGGACACCAAGUCACGUGAAGUGAGUGAGUUGCGCAAGGCAUUAGACGACCAACGGCGCCUCUCGGACGACCGGGAGGCACUGGUGGAGCAGCUACGUGAUCUGGCCCUGGAACGAGACAAACAGCUGGACGAAAAGGCCAAAGAGUUGGGCGUGAUGCAGCAGCGGAUCGAUUUACUAAACAUGCAGUUAGCGAAGGCAAAAAUGUCGGCGGCGGCCCUGACCGAUAACAAAAGUCUCAUUUCGGAGAUAACCGAUCAUCACGAUAAGAUCACGCAGCUCAGGCAGCGGCUGAAGGAGCAGGAGGACAACCUGCGUGAGGCUAACGUGGCGAUACAGUUCCGGGAUGAGGUGAUCGCGCAACAGCGCCAGGAGAUCAAAGUGUUAACCGAGAGUACAACUUCCUCGGCCAAGGAAGGUGAGCAGGAGGACGACAAAACGUUCGAUCUUCAACUCUCUGCCAGCAGAUCGUUCCAUUCGACCAUAUCUGAAGAUGAUUCCGGCCUUACAACGGUGGAACCCUUGCCCAUCGUCAGUGUUUCCACGGACCUGUUUGGCACGAUACAGAAGCAAAGUGAAACCGAGUCCCAGUGUGUGGCAACGCUGAAACGGGAGCUGGCCGACAUGCACAAUCAGCUGCACGAAUACAAACGACGAGCGCUCAGCGUUACACCGGAGCUGACGCAAGGAGUGACCGACCAGACAUUUUCACGAUUACGCACGGUCUGCGCGGAAUUGCUCCAGAGUACUGGAAAGUUUGUUUGUGUCCCCGGUGGCAGUCCGGUGGAGACGGGACGGUUUGAGGACGUUGAACAUUUGAUCACACUGCUGCAAGAUCGUUGUGAGGCACUGUGUCGGAAGCUAUCUGAACACGCUAGCAGUACGGUAGAUCAGGACGAAGGUAUCGGCAGUGGGAACACGUCCCGGAUGGGCACACUAUCGGAGCUGCCGGCACACCAGCUUAGCCAGCAGGAGCGUCAGUAUGCGGAAGCUGUCGUCAGUGCGAUGGCUGUACGGCUGGAGCAUAUGUUGGGCAAGGAAAACGCCACCAGUGCGAGUGAAUCGUUGAGCUCGUUCUCGCUCGGACUAGAGGACGGUUGUGCGCUACAGGGAUUGCUUGAGGAUCUUAAGAAAGAGAUCGAUACCAAGGAACGGGUGUUGCGUGAUCGGCAGGCCGAGCUGGAGCGGUCACAAGAGCAGCUAGCCGGCACUGAAAGACAGUUGAAGCAUUUGCAAGCGAAGCAGAGCACCUUCGACAGUCAAAGGGCUGCCCUCGAGGACAAGAUCUUGAACCUGGAGCAAAUAGUAGACGAUCAGGGCCGAAUCAUAAUGAUGUUGAAAUCGCAAAACACCAAUCUGCAGCAACAGGCAGAAGAUCUCAAGGAAACGCUACACCAGUAUCGGGAUAAUUUGCAGAAAACCAGCGAGGAGAAGGUCGCCAUCGAGGACGAGUGCAAAAACCAGCUCGUCACGAUCUCUAAUCUGCGCGUUGCCCUAGAGGAAACGAAACGCAGCGGCAGCUCAUCCGUCAAUACGUUGCACGAGGUCGUCGAGAACUUGCAGCUCGAGGUGCUUCUGCUCAGUGAGCAGCUAAACGAUGCGUUCAAGGAGAACAUUGCCAAGGAUAACGAGCUAGACCGGUACCGGGACUCUAAUCUACAGCUUCGAUGCCAGCUGGCCGAGAUGAGCCGCGAGCUAGGGGAACUGCGUGAGCUGAGCGACACCGUUAACAUGCGGCAGGAGCUAACCGAACAACGAAGCCGUUAUUUUGCGCUGCUCAAAAAUGAUGUCCACCAGAUGCAGGAACAGCUGAACGGCGUUCGAAGUGAGAUCGUUUCGAGGCAGCAAGAUCUAGGCCAUCUAAGCUUCUUCCGGGAAAAGUGCGCCGAAAUGGAGCGAAUACACGAAGUGGAACUGUGCCAGCAACGCACCAAGCAUUCCAACGAGCUGAAAGAGCUACGCCGUGAGAUAGAGCAUCUGAGCAACCAACUGGCCGAUUCGGUGGACUCGAGUAAACAGCACGAGCAAACUGUGGAGCAGCUGGCAACGCUGCAAGCAACAAUCUUGGAACUUGGUGAGCACAAUAAGGUGCUGGAAAAGACAAUACAAUCAUAUCAGGAUAGUAUCGUGCAGCUGGAGCAACAGUUGGGCGGCUCCGAGCACCGGCUUUCGAUCAUGAAGCAAGAGCUGGAUGAGCUACGGGUGCGCUGUACCGGACAGGAGAACAAAAUUGGAAGUUUAAGAACGGAAAAGGACCGAGUGGCGACUGAGCUUAGUACGCACCGGAGGAUGUGUAAAUGCGGUUUCAACAACGGUACGAGCUCUCGUGAAAGGGCUAAGACGCCAUUGUCACACUCGCUUCAGAAGCAGUUGGAUCAGAAAACUAGGGAAGCUACGCGAGCACAGGAGGAGUUAGUGCAACGCUGCGAAGACUGGAAAAAGCGGGAAGCCGAAUACGUGGAGCAUCGAAUUUUGUCUACAGAGCAGACGACCAAAUUGAUAGAGCAACUGAGCGAACUGAAGGGACGAAACAGCAUUCUGGAGCAGUCGAUGUACGCAAAGAGUGAGCUGCUCGAUCGGUUGCAACAUAACUUGCGCGAUGUUAAUCGGAAGUUAGCCUCGAAGCAGGAACAACUAACGGAGGUUGAGCGGAAAUAUGCCAGUGCAGUGGAUUCACUCGAAAAAGCCCAAAAGGAUGCGCUGGUGUGUGAGAAACGGUGUAUGGAGGAGCUGAGCAAUGUGCGCCGGUGUUCGAUGGAUCAAAAAAAUCAGUUACAGCAGUACGAAACGCAGAUCGGUCGCUUGCGAGUGGAAGUGAAUGAACUAAUGCAACGUUGUGAACACAUUACCAAUGAGCGCGAUGAAGUACGCACCGAGAUGCAUGGUCUACGAGAACGGUUGGCAUCGUACGAGGGCAAGGAAAGUGCCCUUUGUGAGGUGGUCAAAGCUAAUCAGGAUGAACUGGCAAUCAAGUCGACGCGUUUAUUGGAAUUGGAAGAGACGAACCUAAAGCUGAGCUCUAGUUUGCAGCAAGUACAGAGCUUAAGUGAAGGUCUGAGUAAACAAUACCACCACGCGCAGGCAGAGCUGGACCAGGUGCGAGAAAUGUCGGCCAAGUUGAUGGAGUUCAAACAACAAACGCUGACUACGAAGGAUCUUACCCGCAAGAGCUUGGCCGAGUGGAAGGAAAGAGAGGCCUGUUACAAUCAGGAGAUUCUGAGACUGAAGAAGCGCACUGAAAUGCUGGAACAGGAUCGAACGAAGUUGGUCAGCAAGCUGCAUGGUUACCAUCGUGACAACACAUUGCUGAGUCGGAAAAUGCAACAACAGCAGCAGCACCUACAGCAACCACCUUCUCGUCAGCAUUCGCCUUACGACGAUAAUCGGAGAGGCAUUAAUCUGACGCCACUUCAUCAAACGUUUUAUCCACCGGAAGCAUACAAACUAGCACGCUCCAGUAGCGACCCAAACUGCAACGAGUCGAACGAAUUGAUGCAGAAGGUGGAAUUCACUAGUAGUCAGCUGCAGCAAAUCAGGAAAUUUUGGCACCAGGGUAUCAAGGAAGCGUUUCCGACUGCAGAACCAUGACGAGCAACGAAACUGUAGUACGGGUCCCAUUCAGCAUUUCUCAUUAUACUAAUUGCAGAUGAAAUAAGAGUUGUGCGCUGUAAGUAUUGUUAGAUAAUUGUGUCAAUGUUAU